AGGCGGGCCUGGCCGUGCCCUCGCUGCGGGACGCCCUCAAGGCCGCUGCAGCCGCCUCGGCCGCCCCCGCCGCGGCCGCCGCGGCGGCGGCCGCCGCGGCGGCGACCGCCGCGGCGGCGGCAGCUCUCCGUCGUCAGCCCAGCCGCAGGCUGCCGCUUCGGCGGUGGCAGCUGCUUCGGAGGCCGCCACAGGCGUUGUCGCCACAGGGGGUGCCGCCUCGGGCAGCCGUGCCGCGGCGGCGCCGGAUAGGAGGCCAGCGUCGUACGACGACGUCGAGGAGGACCCGAGGACGGUCGCGGCGGUGGCGCGAGUGAGCAGGGAGGUCAUCAGGCGGGCGAAGGUCGCCGAGGCGCUGAACAAGCGCACGGUCUUUGUCACGAACCUCCCGUUCAAGGCCACCGAGCAGGAGAUCCGGGACUGCCUGGGCAAGGCAGGGGACGUCAAGGAGGUGAGGCUGUCACGAGACAAGACCACCGCGCGCCCUCUCGGCUACGGGCACGUCCAGUUCGAGGCCGCCACGACGGUCACCGCCGCUGUUGAGCAGUGCGACAAGGUCGAGCUGCGCGGGCGCGUGAUGCGCGUGGCCAAGGCCGAGCCUGGCGUGAAAGUGGAGUUCGAGCUGCCGGAAGAGUUGAGGGAGGAGAUCAAGACGCUGAUGCGCCGGAAGUACGAGGGCAUGAACCUCAGCGCCCUGAAAGACGCCUGGAGGAAGGAGCACGCCGGCGAGAAGCUCGACACGGCCAAGUUCGGGUUCAAGAAUUUCUCCUCCGCGGUGAAAACGAUCGAGG